UACUGGAAGUUUUGCCGAGUCAUAUUUUUGUAGCCUAAGAAUAAAGUGCAUAUUUUCACUAUUAAAUCGUAUUCAAAUUAAAAACGUAAAACAUGACACUCACAAAGCGGAAUGAUUGGGAUUCCGUUUAUCAGAAAGGCGAGGGAUUCCGCGCAUACUAUACACAGAAGAUCGAGGAGCUGCAGCUAAUUGUUGCCGAAAAGAGUCAAAAUCUGCGACGUUUGCAAGCACAGCGCAAUGAGCUCAAUGCCAAAGUGCGCAUGUUGCGCGAGGAGCUGCAAUUGCUGCAGGAACAGGGCAGCUAUGUGGGCGAGGUGGUGAAGCCCAUGGACAAGAAGAAGGUGCUCGUUAAGGUCCAUCCCGAGGGUAAAUUUGUUGUCGAUUUGGACAAGAAUAUAGAUAUAAACGAUGUUACUCCCAAUUGCCGUGUGGCGCUGCGCAAUGAAAGCUACACGCUGCACAAGAUCUUGCCCAACAAAGUGGAUCCACUAGUGUCUCUCAUGAUGGUCGAGAAGGUGCCAGAUUCCACAUACGAAAUGGUUGGCGGCUUGGACAAACAAAUUAAGGAAAUCAAGGAAGUGAUCGAGCUGCCUGUCAAGCAUCCAGAGCUCUUUGAUGCGCUCGGCAUUGCACAGCCCAAGGGCGUAUUGCUCUAUGGACCGCCUGGCACAGGUAAAACUCUGCUGGCGCGUGCCGUAGCCCAUCAUACGGAGUGUACUUUUAUUCGUGUCUCCGGCUCGGAGUUGGUGCAGAAAUUUAUUGGCGAGGGUUCACGCAUGGUGCGUGAACUGUUCGUCAUGGCCAGGGAACAUGCGCCUUCGAUUAUAUUCAUGGAUGAAAUCGAUUCAAUUGGCUCGUCACGUAUUGAGUCCGGCUCUGGUGGCGACUCUGAGGUGCAGCGCACCAUGUUGGAACUGCUCAAUCAGCUGGAUGGCUUUGAGGCUACCAAAAACAUCAAGGUAAUCAUGGCCACCAAUCGCAUUGAUAUACUCGAUCCAGCUCUGUUGCGUCCUGGACGCAUUGAUCGCAAAAUCGAGUUCCCGCCACCAAAUGAGGAGGCGCGUCUGGAUAUUCUCAAGAUUCAUUCGCGUAAAAUGAACCUAACACGCGGCAUUAAUCUGCGCAAAAUUGCUGAGCUCAUGCCUGGCGCCUCUGGUGCUGAGGUCAAGGGUGUCUGCACUGAGGCCGGCAUGUAUGCGCUGCGAGAGCGUCGUGUCCAUGUUACCCAGGAGGAUUUCGAAAUGGCCGUAGCUAAGGUUAUGCAGAAGGACUCGGAGAAGAAUAUGUCUAUCAAGAAGUUGUGGAAGUAGAUCUUACAUGUUUAUAUAUAUAUAUUCAACUUUAUAAAUAAAACUAAUUAAUUCAAAAACUGUAAA